AUGCAGCCCACGAGGUUUCUUCUGAAGAGAUCGGUUUGGAAGGGACCAAACAUCGUCCCUCUCCCGAUCGUCCGACCGGCGCCCGGCAAGAAGGUCCCUCCCAUCAGGACACAAGCCCGUUCCGCCACCAUUCUACCCAACUUUGUCGGCCUCAAGUUCCAGGUCUACAACGGCAGGCACUACCUGGAUGUGACGAUCACGGAAGAGAUGGUGGGACACAAGCUGGGAGAAUUCUCGCCGACGAGAAAGCCCUUCAUCUGGUCCAGAUUGUGA